UUGGCUCGGUCGCUCUUUGCUCUCGCCAUGUCCGAGACGGCACCCCCGGCCCCUUCGGCCUCCACCGCCCCCGAGAAGCCCGCGGCCGGCAAGAAGGCGAAGAAGCCGGCGAAGGCGGCGGCCGCCAGGAAGAAGCCCGCGGGGCCCUCGGUCUCCGAGCUGCUGGUCCAGGCGGUCGCCGCCUCCAAGGAGCGCAGCGGCGUGUCGCUGGCCGCGCUCAAGAAGGCGCUGGCGGCCGCGGGCUACGACGUGGAUAAGAACAACAGCCGCAUCAAGCUGGGCCUCAAGAGCCUGGUGAGCAAGGGCACCCUGCUGCAGACCAAGGGCACCGGCGCCUCGGGCUCCUUCAAGCUCAACAAGAAGGCGGCCUCCGGGGAGGCCAAGCCCAGCGCCGCGAAGGUGGCGGCCAAGCCCAAGACGACGGGCGCUUCUAAGAAACCCAAGAAGCCCGCGGGCGCCGCGGCCAAGAAAGCGGUCAAGACUCCGAAUCCGAAGAAGGUGAAGAAGCCGGCGGCGGCCAAAAAGGCCAAGAGCCCCAAGAAGGUGGCCAAGAGCCCGGCCAAGGCCAAGGCCGUGAAGCCCAAAGCGGCCAAGGCCAAGGUGACCAAGCCCAAGGCCAAGAAGGCGGCCCCCAAGAAGAAGUAGGUCCGGUUGGAACCCUGUUCCUAUAACCCAACGGCUCUUUUAAGAGCCACCUACCUGCUGCUGGAAAGAGCUUGGGAGUGCGCGGGCCUCUGGCUCAGUGAGAUCUCGGCCCCCCUGCAGAUGCAGCCUCGGGAGCCCCAGGAAAUUCUCAGUCGGAGCCCAAAGUUAUGGGGACGUUUGGGGGUUCGUGGUGACUUACCCGCAACAGGACUUGGGAAACACUAGCUCUGUGUGUUCACCUGAGUUUUUUAUUAGACCCACACCCC